UCUGUUAGCAGUUUUAGGAGCGAAGUGCGGAAUGAGAGUAAAAAGUGUGGAACCUCUACGUUCAAACCCAACUAACACAGAGAGAGAGAAGGAAGAGAGGGAAAUUGGUAGCUACUGCAACUCUGUUUUUCCCUGCCAUUCCAAAUCCUGCUCUCAUUUUCAAAUUCUGAAAUAUAUCCUAAUCCAACCAACACAAAUUCAUAUUCUUGUUUUCGUUUUUCACUAUCUGGGUCAGUUUCACAACCACUGAUUUCUCUAGUUCUUGAGGCAUUCAAGAAGAAACACACAGAAAAGGAAGCCUGUUCUUCAUUUCUGGGUUUCUGUUGUCAUCAUCAAAUCUUGAAUAUGCAGGAAGAAUGUGGGGGUGGGGGUGGUGGUGGGAAUGAAUUAGAGAAAGAGGGAGAAGAAUGAGCAGAGAAUUGAGUUUCAUUGUGAGGGCCUGGGGAGUUUCAUUUCCAAAAUCAUCACAAACCCUUGAAAGGAAGAAGACGAGAACCAUAUUUACAACAAUGUCUGUGGUGCCAACGGACGAUGAACCAGGCCCCACCACCUACCAUGCCGAGAAGAUCCUCUCCAAUGGCGAUUUCUAUGCCGGCCAAUGGCUCGAGGAGCUUCCCGAUGGCCAUGGAAAGUACCUAUGGACAGAUGGGUGUAUGUACGUCGGCGAUUGGAGUAAAGGGAAGCCAAAUGGCAUCGGAAGGUUCAGCUGGCCAUCCGGCGCUACCUAUGAGGGCGAUUUCAAGGUGGGUUUUAUGGAUGGUAAGGGCACGUACACGGGUAGUUCAGGGGAUACAUUUAGAGGUAAUUGGGUUAUGAAUUUGAAGCAUGGACAAGGGAUUAAGAGCUUUCUUAAUGGCGAUUACUACGACGGUGAAUGGCGUCGUGGUUCGCAGAAUGGGCAUGGCCGGUAUCAAUGGCGGAAUGGGAAUCAUUACAUUGGGAAAUGGAGGAAUGGGAAGAUCAAUGGCAAUGGGACAAUGAUUUGGAGCAAUGGAAAGCGGUAUGAUGGGUAUUGGGAAGAUGGGUUUCCUAAAGGAAAUGGGACAUUCAGAUGGUCUGAUGGGAGCUUCUAUGUUGGGAUUUGGAGUAAGAAUCCUAAAGAACAUUCUGGGACUUAUUAUCCAUCUGGGUCUACGGAUAACAAUUUGGAUUGGGAUCCUCAUGAGGUGUUUGAUGUAGAUUUGAGUGAUUGCAAGAUAUAUCCAUGUGAAAGGAUUUCAUUAUAUCCUUCUGAGAAGUCGGUGCACCAGGCAGGAGCAGAUUUGUUGCAGAGAGAUUCAAUUGAUUCCCAUAGUUUUGAAUCCGAUGUUGAUGGAGGUAAGGAUGAUAUUGUAAGAGCUGAACUGGAAAGAUCCCUUGAUAUUCAUGUUCUGGAGCUAGAUGCCAAAGGAGAUGCACAACAACAGCAGACCAGAGUACAGUUGAAGGGAGGUCAAGGUGUUACAAUAUCUAAAGGCCAUAAGAACUAUGAACUUAUGCUAAAUCUGCAGCUGGGCAUCAGACAUUCUGUUGGAAGGCCUGCUCCUGCCUCUUCGUUUGACUUGAAAGCUUCAGCAUUUGAUCCAAAGGAAAAGAUUUGGACGAAAUUUCCACCAGAAGGGUCUAAGUACACUCCUCCUCAUCAAUCCUGUGACUUCAGAUGGAAGGAUUACUGCCCAGUUGUAUUCAGGACUCUAAGGAAGUUGUUCAACGUCGAUCCAGCGGAUUACAUGUUAUCGAUAUGUGGGAACGAUGCCCUGCGGGAACUUUCCUCCCCUGGAAAAAGUGGAAGCUUCUUUUACUUAACCCAUGAUGACCGCUACAUGAUCAAAACCAUGAGAAAGGCUGAAGUAAAAGUUCUCAUACGUAUGUUACCAGCCUACUAUAAGCACGUUCAAGACUUCAAGAACACUCUGGUUACCAAAUUCUAUGGUCUUCAUUGUGUGAAAUUAACAGGCACUACUCAGAAAAAGGUGCGGUUUGUCAUUAUGGGGAAUCUGUUUUGUUCGGAGCAUGCUAUUCACAGGCGAUUCGACUUGAAAGGUUCUUCCCUUGGUCGAACAACUGAUAAGCCAGAGUCAGAAAUAGAUGCAACAACAACCCUUAAAGAUCUUGAUUUAAAUUAUAUAUUUCGGUUGCAAAAUGCUUGGUUUAACGAAUUUUGCAGUCAGGUCGACAAGGAUUGCGACUUUCUUGAACAGGAGAGAAUUAUGGAUUAUAGUAUGUUGGUCGGUCUUCACUUUCGAGAAACUUCGCAGCAGGAAUCGGUCACGCCUAAUGGUCAUCAGUCUGGAAACUGUACUCCCGUUGGAAAUGGAGACCAUGAUGGUUUAGGUUUAGAUUCAUGCAUACCGAGAAUGGCCACUUCAAGGUGGGCUUCCACAAGUUUGGGCAUUAACAUGGAAGCAAAGGCUGAAAAGACCAUUAGAAAAAGUGAUUCGGAAAAUCAACUGAUUGGGGAACCCACAGGAGAGCGGUAUGAUGUUAUACUUUUCUUUGGAAUAAUUGACAUACUACAAGACUAUGACAUUAGCAAGAAGCUUGAACAUGCAUACAAAUCAAUGCAAUAUGAUCCAACGUUGAUUUCUGCUGUGGAUCCAAAGCAAUACUCGAAACGGUUUCGUGAUUUUGUCUUCAAAGUUUUCGUAGAGGACGUUUGAGAGCAAAGUGUAUUGAUUUUGGC